GCCUUUCCAGCCCAUUCGACACCGUCCUGCUCGGGAGCGUGCCCUCGCGUGGCAGCGACGUCGGGCGACGCUACGCAGAGAAAGGCGGCGCUGCCCCUUGGGGAUCUGACCAACCUCACACCCACAAGAAACUCACCGACGCCUCCCCCGCGCGCGCCGGCCACGCCCAUCUUCAUGGCCUCUUCCGGCGCCGAUUUGAUGGCAGGGACCAAGCAGUGGGGUGUAACAGCCCCAAGGUUGUUGGAUCCUCCGACGGCUGAUGACUCCAACAGAACAAAGGAACUGCAACAGUUUCUGCGCGAGUCCCAUCUAUCUGAAGAUUCCACGGAUUCAGCAAAACGAGAAAACAUUAUAGGGGAACUUCGUGAGCUUGUGAAAAUAUGUGUAGAAGACAUAUUCAGUGAGAAAAGUGAAAUGACUGAGGCGCCUCAUAUCGCAGUUUUCACCUUUGGGUCAUAUCAACUUGGGGUACAUAUACCCAGUGAUGACCUUGAGAUAGUCUGUUUUGGUCCUCCACUUGUGAAAUGUCAGGACUUCCUUAAAGCAUUACAUGGCGUUUUGGUGAAGAAUGGAGUUGUUGCUGUAAUGGAGUCUUUGCAGGAGGAGAAGUCUCUAUAUGGCAGUUUGAGAAAUGAGGAAAAAAAUCCUGUCCUGGAAGCUUUACAAAAGCAGAAAACAAUUGAGUUUAAACAUUCACUUGCAGAUUUUAUGAAAUUUAAGAUGCAGGGAGUAUCAGUUGUUCUCACUUACGCCAUUAUUUCAGGAGUGCCAUUAGAAAGUUUGAACAUCUUUAGUGAAGGAGUGCUCUACUAUGUUGAUGAAGCCAAUCUUCCUGGCCUUGAUCGAUGUAGAGUUGCAGCAUUAACCCGUGUACUAGUCCCAAAUUUUGAGAAUUUUCAAGUUGUGCUUAGAUACGUCAACUUCUGGGCUAGAAAAAGAGGUCUCUACUCCAAUGUAAUUGGUUAUCUAGGAGGUGCCCAGUGGGCGAUAUUGGUCGCACGAGUAUGCCAGGUAUAUCCUGAGGCUCUUGCUAGUGUCUUGGCAAUGAAAUUCUUCGAAAUAUAUUCCCAAUGGCAUUGGCCAAACCCAGUGAUGCUACAUGACAUUAGUACGAAACCUGAUCUCAAAUUUGAUGUGUGGGAUGCACCCAAUAAGUCCGAUGAUUUUUCACAUGUUAUGCCUAUUAUCUCUCCGGCAUAUCCUGCAUGGAAUUUAAGUGCUUGUGUUUCAGAAAGCACACUAAGAGUUAUGAAAGAGGAAUUCAGAUGUGCCAAUGAUACCUGCAAAAAAAUUAAACUUGGCGAAGCUAAUUGGUCCGAGCUUUGUGAGCCUUUGGAGUUCUUCAAGAUUUAUACCCUUUACAUUCAGGUUGACAUCCGAGCAAAUAAUGUAUCUGAUCUUAGGCUUUGGAAGUUAGAAGUUGAACCUCUAUGGAGGAAAUUUAUUUUACAGAUUGAAGCUCAGGGAGACGGGACAACUAAGUGUCAUCUGUGUCCAACGGAGUAUGCUUAUGAUGAUGCAGAACAUCACUCUGUUAUAUUCAUAGGUAUAAAAAGGAUAAUACAAUCAGUCCAAGGACUAGCUGUCACCGUGCCAUAUUCAGUUGAUAGCAGCAUAGUAAAGAAUGAAAUCGCCGAGAGGAAGAAACCUGGGAUGGAUGCAGUUGUCUCUCAGUUUCGUAGGAAUAGGAUGCCGGAUUCUGUCUGCAAACUAGUGUCCGGCUCCUCUGGUGCGUGAGUUCUAAUUGUAUGUUCUUUGGAGAUAUUUAGUGUAGCAUCUUUUCCUGGAUAUUAUACUUCAUAAUAAUCUUUCUAUGUUAUGUUGUACGAGAGCUUCUGGGGAUGUUGGCUUUGGAUGAACAUCAUCAACAAAUAUCUAUGUCCUUUUGUUCUUUGUUCUCUGCA